UGAGCUCAUGGUUUCAUGGGAUACGUGGCGCCCACUUCACAGUAACCUGCCGGCCUCAGCUUCUCACUGAUGCAACACAACUUUAUCUUUUCGCAACUAGACCACCCACUUCUUUCCCCCUGUCAUCUUUGCACCCGCAUAAUGUACAGUUUUCUUUUUCAUUAAUUUAAUCAUGAAAUGCACUUGAUGCUUUCCUACCUUUCCCCCUUUCUGUUUCCCGGAAAAAGAACAAGGAAAGGAAAUGAGCUUUCAGGAUAUACAGAAUGGCGGAAGGCCGGCAUCAUCGUCAAAAUCGACAGUGUCAAAGAGCCCAUCACAAGCUGUGGCAGCCGGGAUUUUCCAGAUCAGUACAGCUGUUUCAGCUUUUCGGCGUCUUGUUGAUGCCAUCGGAACUGCCAAAGACACUCUUGAUCACCGCCAGAAACUGCAUAAUACAAGGCAAAGAAUUCUGCAGUUAGUUAAGGAAACUUCUGCUAAGCUCAAAACCCUCAGCGAAUCCGAUCGAGAUGCUAACGUCAAUCCGAGUAAAAAAAUUGAAGAUGCUAAGCUUGCAAGAGAUUUUCAAGCCGUCUUGCAAGAAUUUCAGAAAGUCCAACAGCUUGCCUCUGAGCGCGAGUCUACUUACUCCCCUUCUGUUCCUCAAUCAACACAAAUAACAAUAGAAAGCUCUGGCUCAGGCGAAUAUGUGGCGUCUGAGAACCAGCCGUUUCUUAUGGAACAAAAGAGGCAGGAGAUACUUCUGCUGGAUAAUGAAAUUGCCUUCAAUGAGGCCAUAAUUGAAGAAAGGGAACAGGGUCUGAGAGAAAUUGAAGAGCAAAUUGGAGAAGCAAAUGAAAUAUUCAAGGACCUUGCUGUUCUAGUUCACGAGCAGGGUGUGGUUAUUGAUGACAUUCACUCAAAUAUUGAAUCUUCUGCUGCUGCAACAAGUAACGCAAAAGUUCAGCUAGCCAAGGCUUCCAAAAGUGUGAAAUCCAGAGCAUCAUGGUGUUGGUGGGUGCUGGCAAUUGUUGUAGUGGCACUGAUAGUAUUUUUCCUGGUGCUGCUUCUAUAAUAAAGUGUGCAAGUUUUCAGUGUGGGUUUGCUGGAUUGGAUGAAAACAUUUGCUGCCGGUGCUUGGUAUUCUUUUAUUUAUCAUCAUAACAACUAUGCAGAGAGAUGGCUAUUUACGCGAAUUAAUUAGUUCUAGGGUUUGAUCUUGUGUGCAAUCGAUCUUGCUAGCAGAUAAACAAUAUGGGUUUUGUUUUUAUUGUUAUCUUUUGUUUUGCCAAGUAGUUUUUGUAUGUGGAUUGAGAUACUGGGAUGGAUGUUGUUGAUGGCCAAAAGUCAAAUAGUUUCUGUAUGGAUUGAGAGAUGGAUGUUGAUGGCCAAAAGUCUCACUUAUGAAUUAUCAAGCUUAAGUGUUAAGUAAA